ACAGCAUUCUUGGUGGACAGAAAGCGCGGAAAAUUAGUAGAUAUAUAAACUCCAUUGAACAAAAUGUUUGCAACAGUUUUAUACUCGCAAUUUGUCGUGUAUUUUUAACGUGUUUUGGUCACAUGUUUGGUGUUCGAAAAUUUCUGCACGAGUACGAAUAGAAAAUAGGUAGAUAUCAGAACAUCAAUAAAAUUAAACAGCCACAUCCUCCAUCAAGUCAGCCAAGCUCAUAUCAGGAUUCUUCCUCAAUUAGGAUAAUGGAAUCAUUCACAUAUCUCUACAUGUUAAUAAUUUGCUCACAAGUAUCAGUACAUGCUGUGGUCUUAAAUGGAGAACAAAUCUUGCAAAAAUGGGUUUCUUUCAAGAGUCAGCACAGCAAAAAAUACGAAACCGAAAAAGAAGACGCACGAAGGAUGAAAAUCUACUUGGACAACGUGAAUAAAAUAAUCCAGCAUAAUGAACUUUUCGAAAAAGGCCAAGCAACUUACCAACUAGGAAUAAAUCAAUUCUCAGAUUUGACUACUGAGGAGUUUGCGAAGGUGUACCUAUCUAAAUUUCACACCAAUCACAAUGCAACUAAGGAGUUUUUCACGGCAGACUUUUCCUUGGAUAAUACUCCGGAAGAUAAAGAUUGGGUCGAGGAAGGGAAGGUUACUUCGGUGAAAAAUCAACGUUCAUGUGGCAGUUGUUGGGCAUUUGCUGUGGUAGCAACUAUAGAAUCACACAUUGCCAUAAACACUGGAAGAUUGGAGGAUCUUAGUGAACAAGACCUGGUAGAUUGUGACGAUGGAUCUUCCGGUUGUGACGGAGGUCACGAAGACACGGCAUUCUCUUACGUAGAAAGAAAAGGAAUUGCAACAGAAGAAUCGUAUCCAUACGAGGCGGAGCAAUAUAGUUGUCGAUCAGGGCACAGUGGAGCUAGCAUCACAGGAUACAGAUCAGCCUGGAAUGAAAAAGAAAUGAAAAAAGUUGUCGGCUCCAUUGGUCCAGUUAGUGUUGCCAUUGAUUGCGGUGAUCAGAUACAAAACUAUGAAUCAGGUAUUUUCGUGCCAGAAAGUAGUGAUUAUUACGCUGGGCACGCUGUUAUGGUAGUUGGCUACGGAACACAUGCGGAUUCAGGAAUGGAUUACUGGUUGGUGAAAAAUUCUUGGUCAACGAGUUGGGGUGAGGACGGAUAUUUUAAGAUUGUUCGUAAUCAGGAUGCGUGUGGAAUCUCAAAUUCGGUUUAUUAUCCCACUGGAGCACGCUGACAUUGUUAAAAUAUUUAAGUACCUCAAUUAAAAUAAAUUUGUGUGAUAAGAUUUCGUAAGUUUUCGGCAGUUUUUCGCGAUUUUUUUGAAAUUGGGAAUUAUGGCCGAAAAAUGUGUGCCAGUUUAUUCCAAAAUACUCCGCUAUUUUCAGAAAUGACAUCUUUCAAGGUUAGGUAAGGGCUAGAACAAAAAACCUAUAGGUAGGUACAAUCUUUUUUUUAAAAAAUUUUUCUUUGAGAACCCUUAUCUUAUCCUCUCCAAAGCCAUUUCCAGAGCUAAAAUUAUUCC